AUGACGGAUUCGAAUGGUGAUGUCUUGGAGAAUAAUGGCGAUUAUGCCAGUCUCCCGUAUGAAGAAAAAGCAAAGUACUGCAACGCAAUCGCUCAACCAAUGGCACCAGCUAAAUUGGCCAAAAGGCUGUUUAAACUAACCAGAAAAGCAAAAAGGAAUAAGAAAACUGAUUCCGGCGUUAAGUCAAUCCUGAAGGCAAUCGAAAAGAAAAAAGCGUCUGGUAUUUUAAUACUUGCAGGCGAUGCUAGUCCGAUGGACGCCAUAGCUCAUAUUCCUAUCGUGUGCGAAGAAUUCAACAUUCCGUAUUGUUAUGUGCCUUCAAGGAUGGAUAUUGCAGCAAGCACCGGGACAGUUGGCUCCUUGCCAGUGGUAUUCAUUUCCAGAUCAGAUGAGUAUGGUGAUUUGUACGAUAAAUGGGAAGAAAGUGCAGGGGUGCCGCACGACUUUGUAGUCCGGAAAGAGAGAAGAUUGAAGUAA